CGAAGUUUCGACAGACUUGUUUCUUCCAUCGCUAUAUUUAAAUCUCUGAUCUUUCUCUGUCUUAAUCUCUCCCUUUCUCUGCCGUUUGCGAAGCUUCUCUCCGGUGGAAAAUGGCGGAAUCAGAAGCCAAUCAACCGACGGAAAUCGUCCAAGAUAGUGAGAAGCAACUAAAGUAUCUUGAUUUCGUUCAAAUCGCGGCGAUUUACGUUGUCGUCUGCUUCUCAACCAUCUACGACUAUGCCAAAGAGAACUCAGGUCCGUUGAAACCCGGCGUUCAGACCGUUGAAGGCACUGUCAAAACUGUCAUCGGACCGCUUUACGAGAAGUGUCACGACGUCCCUUUCGAGCUCCUCAAGUUCGUCGAUCGCAAGGUGGACGAGUCGAUAAACGAGUUGGAUCGUCACGUGCCCUCUUUAAUGAAACAGGCUUCGAGCCAAGCCAUGUCUGUGGCUCAGAAGGCUCCAGAGGUGGCUCGAACCGUGGCUUCGAAAGUACAGCGCGCCGGUGUUGUCGACACGACCAAGAACAUAGCGAAGACGGUGUACACAAAGUAUGAGCCGACAGCCAAAGAGCUGUACACGAAGUACGAGCCGGUAGCUGAGCAGUACGCGGUGACCACGUGGCGCUCAUUGAAUCGGCUUCCGCUGUUUCAUCAAGUGGCUCACAUCGUGGUCCCAACGGCGGCGUACUGGUCGGAGAAGUACAAUCAGGCCGUGACUUCUACGGCGGAGAGAGGAUACACGGUGUCUUAUUAUCUGCCGCUGGUGCCCGUUGAGAGGAUCGCCAAGGUGUUUGAGGGUGCUGAGAAUGGGCCCACUGUUUCGACCAAUGAGGAAGCUGCUGCCAUGGCGCAGUAAAAGGAGUGUAAUGGUGGUGAUGAAGUGUU